CCUCUCUACCCUCAUCGCAGCCUAUCCACCACCAAGUAGGCAGUCCAGACGCGCGCGCACCACCAAAAAACCCUAAUCCCCUCGCAGCCGCCACAGCCCGCCGCCAUGGCCGACGACGCGGCAUCGGCUCCGCCGACGGCGCAGCUGGCGGCCGCCUCCAUCUCCCCGCCGUCAUCCUCCGACCUCGAUCCGCCGACCUCCCGCACCCGCAUCCGCGCCAUCCUGGACGCCGGCGACGCCAUGGCCGGGGAGCGCGUGGUCGUCGGCGGCUGGGUCAAGACCGGCCGCCAGCAGGGCAAGGGCGAGUUCGCCUUCCUCGAGGUCAACGACGGCUCCUGCCAGGGGAACCUCCAGGUCAUGGUCGACAAGGACGUGCACCCGCUCGCAAGCCUCACCCACACGGGCACCUCCGUCCUCGUCGAGGGCGUGCUCAAGAAGCCCCCCCAGGAAGCCAAGCAGCGCAUCGAGUUGAAGGUGGAGCGGGUCAUCGAGCUCGGGGAGGUGGACGCCGCCGCCUACCCGCUGCCCAAGACCAAGAUCACGCUCGAGACGCUCAGGGACUUCGUCCACCUCCGCGCACGCACCAACACGAUAGGCGCGAUUGCUCGGAUAAGGCACCAGCUUGCCUACGCAACACACAGUUUUUUCGAUGAAAAUGGAUUUUUGUAUAUCCACACACCCAUAAUAACCACCAGCGACUGUGAGGGUGCAGGUGAGAUGUUCCAAGUCACAGCCUUAUUCAGCCAGGCUGAAAAGGUGGAGAAGGAGCUUAAGGAGAACCCUGCACCAUCAGAAGCUGACAUUGAGGCUGCUAAGAUUGUUGUUAAAGAGAAAGGGGAUGCAGUUGCACAACUUAAAGCAGCAAAAGCUAGCAAGCAAGAGAUAACUGCUGCUGUUUCUGAGCUUCAAAAGGCUAAAGAGAAUGUGUCGAGGGUGGAAGAGAGGUCUAAGUUGAAACCUGGACUUCCACUCAAGGAUGAUGGCAAAAUUGCUUUUGAGAAUGACUUCUUCAAGCGCCAAGCUUUUCUGACUGUUUCAGGCCAACUUCAGGUUGAAACUUAUGCUUGUGCUCUCAGUAAUGUGUAUACCUUUGGACCGACAUUCCGGGCAGAGAACUCACACACAUCAAGACAUUUGGCAGAGUUUUGGAUGGUUGAACCAGAAAUAGCAUUUGCGAACUUGCAGGAUGAUAUGAACUGUGCAGAAAAGUAUGUACAAUACCUGUGCAAAUGGUUACUCAAGCAUUGCCGAGAAGACAUGGAAUUCAUGGUAAAACAUGUGGACAAGGCCGCAAUUGAGCGUCUAGAGCUUGUUUCCUCGACUCCGUUUGAACGCAUUUCAUAUACAAAGGCUGUGGAGAUCUUAGAAGGUGUAGAUAAGAAGUUUGAGAACAAGGUUGAAUGGGGAAUUGAUUUGGCGUCUGAGCAUGAGAGGUAUUUGACUGAGGUGAUAUUUAAGAAGCCAGUUAUUGUUUAUAACUACCCAAAAGGAAUAAAGGCAUUUUACAUGAGGCUCAAUGAUGACCAGAAGACUGUAGCUGCAAUGGAUGUUCUUGUUCCCAAGGUUGGUGAAUUAAUCGGUGGAAGCCAAAGGGAGGAGCGUCUUGAUAUUCUUACGCAAAGGAUACUGGACGCAGAUCUUCCUCUGGAGCCGUAUGAGUGGUACUUGGACCUCCGACGCUUUGGCUCCGUGAAGCACAGCGGAUUCGGCCUGGGGUUUGAGAGGAUGAUCCUUUUCGCCACUGGCCUGGAGAACAUCAGAGAUGUCAUCCCGUUCCCAAGAUACCCCGGGAGGGCUGAUCUUUGAAGGGUUUCAUAUUUCUGCCUUGAAAUAUAAGAUUAUUAAUUCUACAUCCCGUUAGUGAUUUUGGAUUAGUGUUUGGCCGUUUGGUUUGAUAUGUAUACACAUGCUGAUAUCACUGGAUAUGUCUCGUGUCUUUGUUUUCGUCGCUACUUUUGGAGUAUCUGGCUUGUUUUAAGAUUAGAUAAUGAAGUAUUAUCGGUGCUAGCA